AACCGGUGGCAUUUGUCUCGUGUAAAAGAAUAAGAAAGCAACAGGCAGAGAGUAACCAAUAUUUUUGGCAUCUCCUCCAUUUCUGGUUCUUGGGCUGCUCCUUUGUCCCUUCAUUUCUCCUUUCCUCUCUAUAUUUCUCCUCCCCACUUCCAAAAUAGUAGGCAAAUGAGUUAAGUCGACGAGUGCAGGCCAGGUGAUGAUACCACGAUAUAGAAGGCUGUGAAUUCUAUUGCUUUGAGAGAAAAUCUUCUUGUUUGGUAUUUUGUUUUUCAAGAUUUCGGUAGACAGAGGGAGAGAAAGUAAAUCUGUGAGUGAGUGGUUCUUUCAGAAAGAGAAACAAGAAUAACCUGGGGUACUUUUCCUUACACCGUCACAUGUAUUUAAUAUCCACCUUAGAAAAUCUAGGGAGAGAGAAUACAAUUACAGUUUCGUGUUCAUCCAUUUCUACAAGUUUUGUGAGUGUGUGCGUGUUUUUGCAUGAUAAAGAAAAACAAGAAUUGGGUUUGUGUUAAUAACUGAAGAUAUUGAGUUGUUUGGGGGAUGAGAGUGAGAUCUUAAUGGAUUUUUGGCCAGAGUUUCUUGCUAGCAGCUGGGGUAGGGAGUUUGUGGCUGGUGGAUUUGGUGGAAUUGCUGGUAUAAUUUCUGGUUAUCCACUUGAUACUCUACGUAUUCGGCUACAGCAACCUAAUUCUGGCUCCGCCUUCAGUAUUCUUCGCCGAGUUAUGGCCGGAGAAGGGCCUGCUGCUCUCUACAGAGGCAUGGGUGCACCCCUCGCAUCCGUCACCUUCCAGAAUGCCAUGGUUUUCCAGACCUAUGCUAUCCUCUCGAGAGCAUUUGACUCGUCCGUUUCAGCUAGUGAUCCUCCUUCUUACAAAGGUGUUGUUCUAGGAGGAGUUGGUACUGGGGCCAUACAGAGCAUUAUGCUUUCUCCUGUAGAACUGGUAAAAAUUCGCCUCCAAUUGCAGAACGUAAGUCAUGCAAAUCUCCAUGGGGCUGCUAGUUAUAAAGGUCCAGUAAGUGUUGCCAAGAGCAUACUGAAAACAGAAGGUAUAAAAGGAAUUUACCGAGGUUUUGUGAUCACUGUCCUCAGAGAUGCACCUGCUCAUGGUGUAUACUUUUGGACAUAUGAGUACAUGAGAGAGCAGUUUCACCCUGGCUGCAGAAAGAAUGGUCAAGAAAACUUAAGAACCAUGCUGACAGCAGGAGGGCUAGCAGGAGUUGCAAGCUGGCUCUGCUGCUAUCCAUUAGAUGUUGUGAAAACCAGAUUACAAGCUCAAACACCAUCAUCAUCAUCCCCACUUAAGUAUAAAGGCAUCCUGGAUUGCUUUCGCAGGAGUGUUAAAGAAGAAGGUUACUGCGUGCUUUGGAGAGGUUUGGGGACUGCCGUUGCAAGAGCUUUUGUAGUCAAUGGAGCUGUAUUUGCCGCUUAUGAGAUUGCAUUGCGGUGUCUAUUCAACAAUGGAAGCAUUCAAACAGAGAACACUAUCUAGGAAAAAUUUAUCUUUUGUCAGCAGUAAUUGACUUGUAUCUGUUGUAAUUAUUCAAUGGCAAUUUUAUAAAAGAACAAACCAGUCAAAGAAUUACGUA